UGUGUCACUUGGUUUUUGUUCCCCCUCCUUUCUACAUGCUGCCAAACCAACGCUGUUUUUGCGCGGUAUGUGUCCAAAUUCUCACACUUUCAUGGAGCAUUUGCAAAGAUAACCAUGUGCGGAUUAAAGCUGGCGUCUGCUGAAAGUACGCAAAAGUGAAAGUGUGACGUGUUCCGCCUCCGUUUGAGGCAACGGCACAUAGGCGAGCAUGGGCAAGAAAAGGGCUAAGGACAGGAGCUCCAGAGAGGAUGAUGACAUUGAGAUGAUAGGUCCAGUUUGCAGGCACAUUAGAAAAGGAGCAGACCAAACUGUCCUCAAGAAGAUAUCUGGGAACUCUGAUUGGACAAGUUGCCAGGAUUGUAAACAUGAAGAAAACAAGGAGAACAUCUGCACCGGCGCAGAGGAUGAGAAAGACGCAGCAACACCCGUAUGGAUGUGCAUGAAAUGUGGCCACAGAGGAUGCGGCCGAAGCUCUGAGAACCAGCACGCCAUCAAGCAUUAUGAAACCCCUCGCUCGGAUCCUCACUGCGUCGUCAUCAGUUUGGACAGCUGGAGCGUUUGGUGCUACGAGUGCGACGACGAAGUCCACUACUCCAGAACCAGUCAGCUGGCUCAGCUGGUGAACAACAUCAAAAAGAAAUCGCAGUCGGAUCUCAAAGAGAACGCACAGAAAAUAGAAGACAGCGCCGUGGAGGCAGGACCACGAAAGGAGGCCCCAGAGGAAGAUGAGGACAAGGAGAAUAUGGAGAACCAGAGACGUGACAAGAAAAGUGCCAAGAAGGAAGCUCAGAACUCCAGCAGCGCAGCGGAAGACGGCAGCAGCGUUCCCGUGAGGGGACUGAGCAACCUGGGAAAUACGUGCUUCUUUAACGCCGUCAUCCAGAACCUCUCUCAGACACAGCUGUUGAGACAGACUCUCAGCAAAGUCAUAGACAACAAAACUGAGCUCAGCGUCCAACCUGCUGCCACCUCCAUGCUGAAGCCUGUUGUGGUGCAACUGGACCAGCCUGGAUCGCUGACUGUGGCCAUGUAUCAGCUGCUCAAUGAGAUCCAAGAUUCAAAGAAGGGUGUGGUGACGCCGCGGGAGCUGUUCACUCAAGUUUGUAAAAAGGCUGCAAGGUUCAAGGGGUUUCAGCAGCAGGACAGCCAGGAGCUCCUGCGCUACCUGCUGGACGGGAUGAGAGCGGAGGAGAGCAAAAGGGUAAGCUCUGCCGUCACAGAGGCACUCAAACAAUCCGUCACGGAUGGAGAGCAGCUGAAGUCUAUUGUGAAAGAGUAUGAGAGAAACGGCAUCCCCAAGAAUUUUGUCGACCAGGUGUUUGGCGGCGAAAUGACCAGCACGAUAAUGUGUCAGCAGUGUAAGACGGUCUCUGUGGUCACUGAGAUGUUUCUGGACCUUUCUCUUCCGGUUUCUGAUCAAGGUUAUAGGAAGAACCAGAAGAAAGCGGUUCAGAAAGGCAGCGACUUGAGCGAGGAUGGCAGGGAAAGUCAAAGUGAAGACAUUCCCACGGGUAGCAAGUACCAGCUGAAGAAAGCCAAGAAGCAGGCCAAGAAGCAAGCAAAGCAUCAAAAGAGGCAGCAGAAGCUUGAGAGCAGAGUCAUUUUGAGCAGUGUGACAUUGCCAAGCGGCACAGAGCGCCAACUGGGCGACCCUGCUGAGGUUGCUGAGAAGAAAAGUCAUUCUGCACAAACACGCAACCUGAAGACCAACGAGGAGGUCCAACCUGACGAGCAGGAGAAAGAAGACUCGUCACCAUCGGCCCCCAAUCGUUUCACCGCCUUAACUGAGAUGCGACGCUCCGACGCCACCUUUCAAGAUGACGAUGAAGACGACGCGGAUGCUCAGCUCGUGGGCGAGAUGGAGAAAAUCAACCUGAACGACGCCUUUGUUGACUCGGACGCGGUGGAAACAUGCGCGGAGAGCGAGGACGAAGCGCAGGAGGAGGCGAAGGAAUACACGGUCGUCAACCAGGACCCGGAGCUGGCCUUCCGGACUCUGGCCAGCAGGUCUUCCCCCGACAUGCAGGAGUGCUCAGUGGAGUCAUGUCUCUUCCACUUCACAGAAGAAGAAACCCUCAGCCAGAACAACAGCCUCCUGUGCGUCACCUGUACCAAACGGCAGGCAAGCAAGGACAAAACUGCAGGAUCGAAGAACAUCUACACUGAAGCCUUGAAGCAAAUGCUCAUCUCCUCUCCGCCGCCGGUGCUGACGCUUCACCUGAAGAGGUUUCAACAGAACGGCUACACUAUAUGUAAGGUGAACCGACAUGUCCCCUUCCCUGUGAUACUGGAUCUCGCCCCUUUUUGUGCCCUCAAAAGUAAGAACGUGCCAGAGGGUGAAAGUCAUAUUUUGUACAGCCUGUACGGCGUCGUAGAGCACAGCGGCACAAUGAGGUCCGGACACUACAAGGCGUACGUGAAAGUACGACCGCAGAGCUCCGCCUCAUCCUCCGGCAGGCUGGUGGCAGAAGGAGGAUCGUGGUUCCACAUCAGUGACACGAGCGUGCAGCCCGUGAGCGAGAGCAAAGUGCAGAGCAGCCAAGCCUACCUCCUGUUCUACGAGAGGCUCUGCUAAUCACAACUAGUGCCUCGAUAGCUCUUCAUCAUAUGGAGUCUCGCCCUAUCUCAGCUUCUUUUGUUUGUCAGCGACUCUGAACUGAGCUGCGAUGAAAUUAUUAGGACUUCUCAGAGGACAUUUAUUCAGGGGGUGUUGGGAGAUCAACCGCAAGUUUGCAGCUGUAUCCCCCCCAGUCAUGGGAAUGUGUCAAGAUGUGCAAACAAAG